AAAAGCAGGCGGAAGAUAUCGACACAAUUUAAUUAUCGGGGACGGCGAUAGAUUAAGUCCUCACGUUCGACUCCUAACUAGCAAAUAUCACAAAACAAUAUCAUCCUACCAUUGUACAUUUACCAUGAGACGCGUUUCUUCUCGCCAACGUUUGGUAUCUUGGGAUGCUUUCGAUGCAACCGCUGUUUCUGAUUCCGGAAGCGGCAAUGACUCUUCGGUCGGGGGAUUUGAGGAAGAUGAUCGAUCGUGUGCUUCUGGAUACGAAACUGCGUAUUCACGAUCCUAUCACUCAUCGAUGGCUCUGAAUAUGCUCUGCGAAGGAAAUCUUUACAUCAGCAACAGCAUUGAUAAUACAAAUAGCAUGGAAGAAAUAACGGGAAUCGACGCGACGACAGAGCUAAGAAGGCGAAAAAGAGACCGGAAAUCGUCGCGUUCUUCACCUACUGAGCGUGCUAAUAGUUCCAAGAUGGUCGAGACACCAAAGACUUUUGUAUUCACAACUCUCUCCACGUCAAAAUCCCCAAAACUCGUUCCAUCGCACUCCUGGGAGACUGGCAAACCGCCGCCGCCGUCGUCCGUUGGAUUCGAUGACAUGAUUAGCGAUUUACACCUCAAGAUAUUCUCGUUCCUAGAUUUGUCAUCACUGCGAUCGGCAAUGUAUUCCAGUCGCCACUAUCGAAAUUUGAUCAUCUCCAAUGAUGCAAGGAACAGUCUCUGGAUGGAUCAUUGUGAAAAAAUUUGGCACAUUUCAGAAUUUAUGGAAGAAAGUGGACAGAAUCAAUACCAUUUUCAACCCCAUCCAAAAUUCACGGACAACUUCCAUCUACCAAUAGCUGCUCAUACUAGCACUGUGACCAAUUCCACUGGAUUUGAAACUGAUCCAGUAGACACCACAAAUAUUUCCUUGCUACUCAGCUUGACACCAAAAGAUUUUCCUACCUGUGUCGACAAAGAUGCUUUAAAGUCACGAAUGCAGCUCAGCGGUACCAUUCGGCAAACUAUUCCAGUUGAUCGACAGGACGACGAGGACCAACAGGUUCAGUAUUAUAAAGAACAAUCGACGGGUCGUUCUCUCAUUCGCUACACCGGAUACGUUGGCCAAGGUGACCGAUGCAUUCGUUCCAAUCGUCCUAUUCCAAGACCAUCACAACGAGCUCGCUUAAACGAGACCUUUGAAAGUGCCAAAGAUAUAAACGAAAUCAAUAGCAGUCGGAGCCUAAUGAAUUCCAUUGGUCCGUCGUUUUUGCACAUUGACGACUCGCACCACCCAUUGUUGUACAGUCUUCUACAGAAAUGCAGUUCCAAGGCCAUGAAGGGUGAUGGCAUGAAAUCUUCCAAGUCGUCGUCAUCGUCAAACUCAUCGGUGCUUUCGCCACCAUCCCCAUCGCUCGCAUGGACCCCCUUUGUCGUGCCGUUUGUCGACAAGAGCAGCAGCGACGAUAAUAGCACGUUCCUGAACGUAACUCCUCGUUUCAUUUCGUAUUACGAAGUGAGCAUUUUGAAACAGGAUGGAGGUGAAAACCAGGCCGACUUUCCAGCAGAACGAAUGGUGCCACCACCUCUCCAUCGAAGGAGCAACAUGGAUUGUGUAGCAGUUGGUCUCGGAACGAAAGACUUUAACAAUCGAACCAGAAUGCCCGGGUGGGAUCGACAAUCCUUUGGGUAUCACGGUGACGAUGGUGGGAUUUUUCACGCUUCUGGAGGAAUGCUGAAACAAUACGGACCCAAGUUUGGUCCUGGAGAUACGGUGGGAUGCGGUGUCGAUUACAUUUCAAAGGGAAUAUUUUUUACAUACAACGGCAAGUUUCUAGGCUAUGCAUGGAACAACGUCAGCGAUGAUAUCUUAAAUAAUGACCUAUACCCGGUGGUGGGACUCGACACCAAUUUUGCGGUCCAUUUGAAUUGGGGAACAAGCGGCCCGUUUGAAUUUGACCUAUCCAAAUUCAUUAAAAAACAUGAGGUAGCGGUCAUGGCAACAUAUUCCCUGGAUGGGUGCUCGUGCCUUUGUCCCCGUGAUACUACUGUCACUGGCGCAACCGCAGCAGAAACAGAUUCUUCUACGAAGAAGGUUGCCCGAUCGUUUUCCGGCCGUUCGACGUCGAGACGACAUCGAAAGGGUUUCAUUGGGAAACGCAACCAAUCAAGAUAGUGUGAAUGGAAUGCCUAAAUCAUUUGUUUCUCUGAAGAACAGUCGUUGUCAGUCCGUAGUAUAGUAUGUGUGGUAGUAUUGGAAAAAGAAAUGUAAAACAAACAA